CAGCGGCGAAAAUUUCGUCCAAGUGCAGUGGUGUCGCGGUUGGCGCUGCAUCGUUAUUGUUCAACCAGCGCUCUGGCCAUCAGCACUUCGGCACGGUUUGGUGGUGCUUUCGUUCCCGAGUGUGUGUGGUGCGUGACAUCCAUUUAUUCUGAGUGACGAGUGCGUGUGGAAAUCGUGCAGUGUUGUUUUUGAUGGAAAACUGUUACUUCUUGACCACCUUCUGUCACUGGUUCCAGCGUACAAGCUAUUUAUUUCAGAAAAUUGUAUAUUUUUACAUCGUUUCUACACAGCGGAUUGGAACAAUUGGUAGUACAAUAAAUCUAUAAAUCUUAUAUCGACACGAUACAAGCCAUGAUACAAAACAGUGCCUACGGGAAUCCGAUGCUGGAUGGUGCGUCGGCAUUUCCCGAUAUCUACAUCCAACAUCAAUCUUCAGAUAAGCCGGAUGGGCCACCACCGAGCAAUAACAAUAUUGCAAACUACACCAACCGAAACAGUGGCUACCCUUACCAGACGUGCGUUGCACCAGCACCGGCACGUCCACUCGUUGCACGUGAAAGCUGUGUUCGCGCCGAGAUCGUAAAAGAUACACAGGAUUUGGCUGUGGAAUUCCGGCAACUUUCGCACAAUGUCCCAAUCAAGACUGAGCAUUGCAUUGCAAACAACGUGGGUCAGGACAUGGCCACCAACGAGACUGGCGGAGAAUUGGGCAUUACUACAGCUAGGCCGAAGGCUUCGGAGCAAAUGCUUCAGACUGUCGACCAAAAGCCUUACGAAGCGUUUACGCACCAGAGCAUCACGUACGUACAAACGCCGGCCGCUGCUGGGGAGGAGCGAGAGCCCGAAGACGAGCAGGACGUUGGCGCCAAAGCAUCGCCCAAGAAGGAGCAACGCCGUCCAAUGAAUGCGUUCCUGAUCUUCUGCAAACGGCAUCGAACGAUGCUGAAGAAUCGUUUUCCGGAAGAGAAUCGGGCCAUCUCGAUCAAACUUGGCAAAUGGUGGCGGAUGCUUACUACGGAGCAGAAGAAACCAUUCCAGCUACUGUCGAAGGAGUACAAAAACAAGUAUUUAUCGCUCAAUCCGAACUUUCGGUGGUGCAAGCAACCAAUGGUUCCGGCAACACCAUCUACACCAUCACCAUUAGUCGCCUUGGCACCGAAUCCUACCAAUGGACUAUCCUUAGCGGCGGUCCGACCUGAACCAUCCUUCGUGCAGGACAACCGAGAGAGUCUGGAGGCAGCCGAAAGCUUAGUCCAGCUAGCUCAGGGCAAACCCCUGCUGAGCGUGUUUCGGCUGGCAGACGAGUCCAAUAUGGGAAGUCUGAAUGCGCUGUGUGUUGGUCCGAAUGUCGGAUCCAGAGCAGAUAACAAAGAACCCACAUGGAAGCCACCGAAAGCAACGCUAACAGUCGACAGAGAAUUGCCUGCACCGACCCCGUCCAUCAGCGGUAAUGCCGUAGCAGAGCCAUUCGUUGCCGAAGGACGCAGCUCACCGCGUGCUACACGUUCCUGUAAGGGUAAAAAGUACCAAGAACUGAUGAGCCGGAUGUAUCCGAAUGCACAUGCACCGCAGACGAAGCGUUCUCCUGGUGCAAGAAUGCAAAAGGAUAACCAAAAAUUCCCGAAACCGGCUACAGUUGCUGCUGGUGGUGAGGAUCAAACCGGUUUCUUGUAUAGCAACACGGCCAUGCCAGAACUGGAUCCGCUCGCCAUAGACGCACUGAUGAUGGAGCUGGAUUCAAAAAUAUCGGAUUUGCCUGCGAUGAAUGUGGGCGAUUUUUGCAUCCUGUUAAACAGCGAAAAGAAGCGCAAGAAAUCAUUCACUAAAUUGCCGAAACAGAAGCUGUUCCUUAUCAGAGAGGAGCAGCCAUCGACAGCUGCUUCGGUAACAGCUAGUGGAGUAGUGCUACAGUCCUGUAAUUCCACAAACGGAGUGGCUCCACCGAUCGCUACAAUAACGCAACCGGCCACUAAUGGAGUGGAUGACUCUGUAAGGCCUGUGGUUCAUCCUGGCCCUCCUAAAAUCGUAGGUUGUCGCAAACGAAAAGCACCUAAGGAAUGCAUUACCCGUAAUCCUCGCCCGUCGGUGGUCGAACGAGAGGUUGGGUGUGGGCUUGAUCCGAGAAAGGAUGACACCACCUGCCACGACCGUACCGGUUCAGCAUAGAACAAGCUUCGGACGUUCCAUUAAGGAUCAGUUGGCGAACACACGCCAAGCAUUGAUCUCAUAACAGAAGCUCCUCUUAUCAUCACCUUGCCCCGUCCCUUCCGUCGCACUCUCUCCUUUUGCCCUACACACCGGAUAUAUAAAAAAAACUAUAUUUUUCUUAACGUUAACGUAAACCUUCGAGCAAGCUUUCGAGCUUUGCCGCUUUUUUAUUACGAUUAUAGCCACUGGCGACAUACUAUCAGCACAAAUUGUAAAUCUAAACCUAUCUCAUCUCAUCUACGAAUGUAAAUCUGAACAGUGCAUCGCCAGAACUACUGUCUGGCGUUAUGUCGUGCAGUACAAAGAUUGCCAGUCCAUCCACAGGAUACAUUUGAUUUAAGGAUAACAUUGCUUGUUCGGGCAAUUUUGUUUCUUUCCCUUACUCAUGUAAUGGUAUGUGAUUGUGGUAGGAAAGUGCAAGAGGAAGCAGGAAAAAUACUAUUUAAUUUUAGUGCAUUUUUGCAGGAGUUAGAAGAUAGGCUACCACCAUUGCAGUAGUACAACGGUAAGCAAAGACAAGUCAUGAAGCAACAUACCAAACUGGAUUCUAGUUGGAAGCAUGUCGUAUCUGAGUAUCCAAAGGUAGUGAAUCAAAAGCACACAAGCGUUAGAUUAUCAAUACAUUAAUUAAUCUUUUUAAAAAAUACGUACGAUGUGCGCGCAAUUGACAGUAGACUGUUAAGUUUUAAAUGUUAUUGCAAUAAUAGCUUAAUGUAUUUUGCGUUGUUUUUUUUUUAGCUACUCAGUCACUGCUGCCAUGGUCCGCAUGGAAAAAAGGAACCACGGCCGGGAUUGUCUACCAUUAGGAUCGGUUUAUGUUUUGUUUGGUCAUCAAACCUAAAAUUCCAUUAACUUCCAAUUAAUUCCAUUGACACGCACCGUCAGUUUCACAUGAUUUCGUUACCCACAUAACUUAACACCUUUUUGGACUAUAGGAUGUUUAUCAAUCAGCAGUUUUACGGGUUAAAAACAUACAGUGAAUGAAUGGUGGCGAGAUGGGAACGAAUGUGCUUGAGCCGUUUUGGCUCGCUUCUGUUUGAAUUGCUUCCGUAUGUGCCUUUCAAUAUUAUUAGUGUUUAAUUUGCCAACAUAUAAGUUUCCAUACACUGCUAGCUUUGUUUAUCUUUGUUUUUUACCGUAAAAAUCAUAUAAAACAACUAUAUAAUUAAUAUAACUCUACCUUUUCAAUGCUACUGAGCAGCAAACUCGAACGACGAUCGUGAGGAAUGCUUUCGAAUCAAGCGUAAACACCGCAAAAGGUGUUCGUUUCUUAUCUUUUAUUGUUCACACUGUUUAGUCGAUAAUUUGUAAUUGUAUCGAUAAAUUAUUCAACGUAUUCUUUUCUUUUACAUAUUUUCAUUAGUUUGUUGCAGCUUCUUCACAAUUAUUUAUAUGUUAUUUUCUUUGCUGCUAUACGCAUCAUUGCCAUAAGACACGGUGCAAUGUGGUUUCAGAUAAAGUUUGCCACCAAUAGUCAGGCAGGAUACAUCACCUAUCAAGCGUGUGAUAACCUGCUUCUUAGAGUAAGGUUCUAUAUAAAGAAAAACAUACACAAACUGCGGUGUAAAAUACCGUUCAAUUGAAAGUAGUGUCAUCAUGUCCGUUACCAGUUUUCUAUUGGAUAUCUUCAAAUGUUGAUGUUGUUCUUGUUUUGCUCACAGUAAAGCGGUAAAAUUUUGUUUGAUUGUUGCGUGGAUUUAAGCUGAGUUGGAUCGUUAUUACCAGUUACUGUGUUAAUGACAAUGUGAAGCGUCAUAAGAGGAGAAAAUACAAAAAAAAAACAAACAGUUAAUACAAAAUCAUUCGAACAAUUAAGGUAACAAAACAGAAAAGACCCCCGAUUCGAUGGAAACGAAUGAAAGUGAGGACCAAACUUAAAGAUGAGAAACAUGGGUUUAAAAAUCGAUGUAAGGCACCAAGCAUGAUAGACUGUUGGGUAGGCAAACAAUAAAAACAUAUAUAUAU